AUGAAGGGAGUUCAGCGAUUUGGCAGACGAGAAAAGCAUGCCCUAAGGUUCAUUGGACUAUUUCAGAUUGUGGAAUGUGUUGGAGUUGUUACAUAUCGGCUAGAUCUUUCAGCAUCGAUGCUCAAGAAGCAUUUACGUGACGAGGAGCUGCGGAGAGUGUUAGAUGUGCCCGCGAUUGAGCUUCAGGUAAAUUUGACCACUAUUGAGAUCCCAGUUCAUAUUCUUACUAAGGAGGACAGGAAACUUAGAAAUAAAGUGAUUCCAUUAGUAAAAGUUCAGUGGAAUCGGAAAGGAGCUAAGGAGGCUUCUUGGGAGGACACAGUUGCAUUUAACGAUGGAAUAUGGAUAUUAACACUUAGCUUCUAA